UCGGAUGCGUGUUUUCGAGUGAAAAAUUUACCAGUUCCGCAUAGAAUUUUCGUCCAGUGAAGCUAUAGUGAGGUUGUGACUUUUCGUGGAUUUGAUCAUCUCACCGCACAGUUGCAGAGAGUGUAUGGUAGUCGAUGUGUUGAAAAAGUAUGGCUACUAACAAUUAUUUCGGAUUUCCGCACGGUGCAACGCAGUACGGUACUACGGCCACCGGAACAGCCUAUCCGACAACGCAAACGGGUUAUGCAGUAGCGACUGCGGCCGCACCGUCAGCAGCAGCCACCUACGGAACAGCAGCGGCCGCAACAGCGCGACCAGCCGGAUACGACCAGGCCUACCAGACGGCGGCUACUCCCGGAACGUACGCGACCACGGCAACAGCGGCAACCUACGACUACGGUUACGGUCGUACCACACAAACCUACGACACCAGUAAAACCUACUACCAGCAGGCAGGAGCGGCAGCUGGCUAUACGGCGGCCCCGACCGGGUACGACACUUCUGGAGCUGGUACGACUAAGGUAAUCAAUUUUCAGCCGGCUACCCAGGCCACGUAUACGGCUCAACCGACGAGAGCCACUAUCCAGACGGCCAAGGCGGCCACCCAGUACGGUGGACAACCGCAGGCCUACGUGCCGCAAACUACCGGCUACUCGCAAACCGUGACCACAGUGAACACAGCUCCCAAGUCGGCCGCAACGGCCCAGCCCGUCGCCCAGAACACUAACACUUAUUCCGGAUACGAAUCGGCGUUGUACAGCGCUGCCACCAUGUAUGUCGCUCAGCAGCAGAACAACAAAGCCAACAAUGCUCUUGGUGGUCAACAGGGACAAGGCGGGGGUUGGCAAGGUUACAAAAAGGUUCCUAUGGGAAUGCACCCAUUCAACAGACCUCGUACGAAGGCUCCCCCUAAGCCGCAACCAAUUCACUAUUGCGACGUGUGCAAGAUCAGCUGUGCUGGGCCGCAAACCUAUCGCGAACAUCUCGAAGGUCAGAAACACAAGAAGCGUGAGCUUCUGCUGAAACAGGCUACGGAGCCGGGAACUGCGACCCCGGUCCGGCCGCCAAACAGCUUGCACUGUGAACUUUGCGAUGUAACGUGCACCGGAAAUGACGCCUAUGCCGCUCAUGUCCGUGGCGCCAAGCACCAGAAGGUGGUUAAACUACACACCAAGCUGGGAAAACCGAUUCCGGCAUGUGACCCGGCGCCGAACAGCGACGAAAAGAAGGAGGGUGAAUCGGACGAGCACGACGAAUCGGUUAAACCCGUAGGCAGCGAAUAUAUCGAAGAGAUCAUGGACGAUGAGGGCAAGUUGGUCAGCUUCAACUGCAAGCUUUGCGAGUGCAAGUUCAACGACCCGAAUGCGAAGGAAAUGCACAUGAAAGGUCGCCGUCACCGUCUUCAGUAUAAGAAAAAGGUUCAGCCAGAUCUGUUCGUUGAUGUUAAGCCAACUUUGAAGCAGAAGAAAAUGGCCGAAGCUCGAGCCCACCGUCAAGCGAUGCAGGAAGAGUACUGGAAUCGCCGUCGCAUGGCUGAAGCCGAGCUGGACGAUGGAGAGCACGGAAUGCGUCAGUUUGGACGACAUCCGUUCUUUGGUAUGCUUCCAGGGCGCCGUCCGGAAUCGUCCGACGAUCGGCAUGUCGUUGCCCGUCAUGCUGAGAUCUAUCCGAAGGAGGAAGAGCUGCAAACGAUUCAACGUAUCGUUUCGCACACCGAGCGUGCACUGAAGCUUGUCUCUGAUGCUAUGACCGGUGGCAAGGAGGAAAAGAAGGAACCCGAGGGAGAAAAGAAGGACGGCAAGGAGGAACAGAACAAACCGGACGCAAACCAGAUGAUAUCCUUCCACAAGGAAACGGAAGGUGGCAGUAUCCGUUUGCUGAAGGGCGUUAUGCGCGUUGGAUUGCUUGCAAAAGGACUGCUCUUGCACGGUGACAAUACUGUUCACUUGGUGGUACUGUGUGCUGAAAAACCGACCACUUCUCUGUUGAAGCGCGUCGUUACCGAGUUACCGAUUCAGCUGAAGAAAGUUACCGAGGAACACAAGUACACGGUCACAAUGGCUCCGGUUGAGGGUGCCGUUAUGGUGUCGGACGGUACGAUUACGGUAAAAAUCUCGCUCACUUCGCCGCUGCUGCGUGAAGAUGCUAACAGUACCGCUACGACCGACCAGGUCGCUCCGAGCACGGAAGAUUUACUGCCACGGGAGCCUUGUCUCCAGGCGCUCGCCGCGCUGAGACACGCGAAGUGGUUCCAGGCUAGAGCAACUGGACUGCAAUCUUGUGUGAUGAUCAUGAGAAUCAUGCGUGACCUUUGCCAGAGAAUUCCGAUCUGGGGACAUAUUUCUCAAUGGGCUAUGGAGCUGCUGAUCGAAAAGGUUAUUUCAUCGGCCGGCUGUCCGCUGACUCCCGGCGAAUGCAUACGUCGCGUAAUGGAAGCCAUCUCCUCGUCCCUGCUGAUCAACGGUCCCGGCGUGUUGGACCCGUGCGAAAAGGAACACGAGGAUGCCCUCGCCGGGUUGAGCAAACAACAGCGCGAGGACAUUACCGUGUCGGCCCAAAUGUUCCUUCGAUUCAUCGCCUUCCGGCAGAUUCACAAAGUGCUCGGAAUGGAGCCACUUCCACCGCCAAAGUUUGUCGGCAAUCGCAACUGGCGCUUCACCCGCAAGCGCAGGCGCUCCGGAACCGAGGGAGCCGACAAUGAAGCCGACGGAAAAAUGGUCAAAAAGGAAGAGAACAAGGGCGAAGGCGGCACCAAUAAUGCGGUGGUAGACAUGGACACCGAAGGUGGCAAGUAGAUAUGUAGAUGAUUUGUCGUUAAUAAGGUAGGUACUCUGCUCUGCUGAAAUUUUAACACAUACAACACGUAUUAUAAAGAGAGAAAAUCCUUUAAGAAACUAAUAGAUAUUGGAUUCAAAGUAAUUAUCAUUGAUUACCUGUCACAAAAGCAUGUGUGAGAGAUUACACGAAAGAAUUAGAUUUGAAACAUUAUAAACAACACGGUGUCUUUAAGCGAUAUUAAAGCAUAGGUUGACUCCUUAAUUGAAAUGCAAUAUUCAAAACAUAACCAGAUGCAGCAAAACUUAUAUCUUUGCCUCUCUAUCCACAACAAACACCAGCGACUAUAUCAAGUAGGAAGGAAAGCAGGCAAUCUAUUAAAAUUAAACGUCAAUUUUCAAUUUUCUGGCAUUUUUUCCAACGAAAUUGCAGAAUGUGUUUUAGCCCGGAAUCUUUGGAAAUGAAAAUCAAUACUAACUUUAGACUACUGAGAACUUUUGAGAAACAAAAACCUGACACAAAACGAACACAUGUUGUAUGGACGUAUUUUAUUCUUACUCAAAAAAAAAAUCAACUAACCAAAAUUAAUAAUUAAAAUUUUGAAUCAAUCAAGGAAAUCCUCUUAAAAAAAUAUAUAAAACAAACCACUAGACACGUACUAAAGUGAUUACUGUCGAGCGCAUGAAAGGAGAAAACGUGUAUCGAACAUUAUAUCCUAAACUAGGUACGGAAAGAAUAACAAACAAAAAAAGUCUAAUGCAGAAUUGCAAGCGAGCGUGUCUACCAACCAAGCAAGUAGAGUUUUCCAAACUGAAACAAAUGUAUUAGCAGAACGUAACCAAUACAGAUAGAAUUAUCCAAUCCAAACACGGAGAAGACACACAUACACAUACACACACAUGUGUACCACACAUUUUACAAACUAGGUUUGAGCUGACGCGGGGCGCACGCCCCGUUCCUCGAUAUAAUAAUGACAAGUGUAGGUAUUUCAACAACAGAGAAAGAGGGAGAGAGAGCAUACACAUUUUACAACCAACCAUCAAAAGUUUGUUGAUAGGCAGGCAGGCAGGCAGGUAGCGGGCGCAUCCCAUGCGCGCGCACUCUAGCGAGCAGCGAGUAUGUAAUAAACCAAUUUGAAGUAUUUUCUUCUUG